GGCCUGUGGGUAAGCGCCGCCGCCAGGUGACAGUUCCUGCCGCCGCCGGGGCCGGGCUGGCGGAGUGAGGCCCGGCGGGAAACCGGCAAAUCCCGGCCGGAAGGAUGGAGCGGGCGCCGGGGCCGGCUCUGGAGGGCGGCGGCGGCGGCGGGGCCCGCAGAUCCGUGCGGCCGACAGGGCUGGGGGGCGCCGCCGCCGCCGCGGGCUCCCGGCAGCCCAGCGUGGAGACCUUGGACAGCCCUACAGGAUCCCAUGUUGAAUGGUGUAAACAGCUCAUAGCUGCUACCAUUUCUAGUCAGAUUUCAGGUUCUGUGCCAUCAGACAGUGUAUCCAGAGAUUACAGGGUAUACAAGAGGCCUGAUAUACGGGAGAUUCAGGAUGGACACAAUGGCUAUCAUUCUGAAGCAGAAGCUGAUCAGGUGGCACUGAGGGAUGGAAACAAGCUGGCACAGAUGGAAGAGGCACCACUUUUCCCUGGAGAAUCAAUCAAAGCGAUUGCUAAAGAUGUCAUGUAUAUCUGUCCAUUUAUGGGAGCAGUCAGUGGUACACUGACAGUGACGGACUUCAAAAUGUAUUUCAAAAAUGUUGAGAGGGAUCCACAUUUUGUUCUUGAUGUUCCCCUUGGAGUAAUAAGUAGAGUUGAAAAGAUUGGAGUGCAGAGCCAUGGAGACAACUCCUGUGGUAUAGAAAUUGUUUGCAAGGAUAUGAGAAACUUGCGGCUUGCCUAUAAACAGGAAGAACAGAGCAGACUGGAGAUAUUUGAAAACCUCGUAACUCAAGCAUUUCCUCUUUCUAAUGGGCUGCCACUUUUUGCAUUCAGCUAUAAAGAAAAAUUUUCUGUUAAUGGUUGGAAAGUUUAUGAUCCAAUGGCAGAAUAUAAGCGGCAGGGUUUACCUAAUGAGAGUUGGAAAAUAUCCAAAGUUAACAGCACCUAUGAACUUUGUGAUACAUAUCCUACUAUCUUUGUUGUGCCAACCAGUGUGAAAGAUGAUGACCUCUCAAAAGUGGCAGCAUUUAGAGCAAAAGGCAGAAUUCCAGUGUUGUCUUGGAUUCACCCCGAGAGCCAGGCAACUAUAACGCGCUGCAGCCAGCCACUGGUAGGCCCGAAUGACAAACGUUGCAAAGAAGAUGAAAAAUACUUACAAACAAUAAUGGAUGCCAAUGCUCAGUCGCACAAGCUUAUCAUCUUUGAUGCCAGACAAAACAGUGUUGCUGAUACAAACAAGGCAAAAGGUGGAGGAUAUGAAAGUGAAAGUGCCUACCCAAAUGCUGAGCUGGUCUUUUUGGAAAUACAUAACGUACAUGUGAUGAGGGAAUCAUUGCGGAAGCUGAAAGAAAUAGUUUAUCCUUCGAUUGAUGAGGCACGGUGGUUGUCCAAUGUGGAUUCAACGCACUGGUUGGAAUACAUAAGGAUUCUUCUUGCUGGAGCAGUAAGAAUUGCUGAUAAAAUUGAAUCUGGUAAAACAUCAGUUGUUGUACAUUGCAGUGACGGCUGGGAUCGUACAGCCCAGCUCACAUCUUUAGCCAUGCUCAUGUUGGACAGCUAUUACAGGACUAUCAAAGGAUUUGAAGCUCUUAUAGAAAAAGAGUGGAUAAGUUUUGGACAUAGGUUUGCAAUGCGAGUAGGUCAUGGAGCCGAUGACCAUGCUGAUGCAGUCAGGUCUCCCAUUUUCCUUCAGUUCCUUGAUUGUGUUUGGCAAAUGACGAAGCAGUUUCCUGCAGCCUUUGAAUUCAAUGAACUGUUUCUGAUCACCAUUUUGGAUCACCUUUAUAGUUGUCUCUUUGGGACUUUUUUAUACAACUGUGAACAAGAACGAUUGAAAGAGGAGAUAAGUACAAAGACUGUAUCUUUAUGGUCCUACAUUAACAGUCAACUAGAUGAAUUUACUAAUCCUUUCUAUGUGAACUAUGAAAACCACGUCCUGUAUCCUGUUGCCAGUCUGAACCAUUUGGAACUGUGGGUAAAUUACUACGUCAGAUGGAAUCCAAGAAUGAGGCCACAGAUGCCAAUUCAUCAGAAUCUUAAGGAGCUACUUGCCAUCAGAGCUGAGCUUCAGAAGAAGGUGGAAGACUUGCAGCGUGAAGCUGCUACACGAUCCAUUUCUUCAUCAUCAGCUAGAGGGUCGUCAUCUUCUCACUCAGCCUCACCGGUGCGCACUUCUGUCUGAUGUGCAACAGCCAUGUAAAACCAUUCCUGUCAGGUGAUCAGCGUAUAUAUGCUUUGAGGCGGGUGGAAUAUUUUCCCUGUCUCCCAAGGAUUGUGAGUGACUUAUAAUUGCUAUCAAUCUACAUGCCUUACUCUUUGUGUCUGUUUCUGUUAUGAUGAGGCCAAAAAGAGCUUCAGUAGUUGUGAUGGUAUUUUCUAAAGUUGGCAGUUCCCGUAUGUGUUUUGACAUCUCUUGCUAAAUCAUCAAUUGUAAAAUUAACUUUAUUUUGAGCAACCAACAAUUUAACCAUCUUAAAAAGGAACCCAUCUGUCAGUCAGAUAAUGUAAGAUGCUUUUUGCUGCCUUGGGUACAGAGGCUGGUUGAGAAACCCAAAUGAAAUGCCAUGUAAUGUUUGUGCUGAAUCAACAUGGAGAGAAAUUUACUGAAUGGGAGCUCUUUAUUUAAUGCAGUACAUUAUUUUUAUCUAGCGCAACUGCUAAUAUUCUUGGGGACAUAUAUAAGUAAUGCACUUUGAAACAGAUUUUAAAUUAAGUAUUUUUCAGUGCAGCCAAUUUUACAUUUUGAGUAAUUAUGCCAUUAAGAAUGGAUGGUAAUGAAGGUAAACAGGAUUUGCCAAUUAAUACACACCUACUGGUACUUGUAUGAUGUAAUAUAUUUGGUAAAGCAUGGAUUUUAAUUUUUAAUGCCUUUUUUUACAAGUUUAAAUAAAUCUUUUGACCAUUUAUUGUCCUGUUUUACCCUCAUGAAUAAGGGGUAAGCUUAAUCAGGUCUGUCUUGUACUCAGUAACUUGUUUUCUAGCAAGUGGUUAUAAUUUGGAUUAGAACAUCGAACCGUGUAAAUUGUAUAGUCUGUAUAGUUCCACAUAUUUUAAGUGUGUCCUGUUAAAUGUAUACACACAAAAUCCAAUUUAUGUACAUGCAUAUGUGAUGUUAAACAUGCAUACACUUGAUUUGCAUGUUAUGGGUUCAGAAAAUUGAUCCAGCCUUUCCAAAUGUUUUGGAAGAUAUAAACUGUUACAACUUCGAUGUUUUUAAAUAAUAGGAUCUUAAUUGGUUUCCUUGAAAUAAUAAAGCCUGUUCGGUUGGGUUUUUUUUUAAA